AUGCCAUGUGACAGCUCUGUCCAUCAUUUAGCUUGUUGUCGCUCCACAAAGUCCGAACUGCCCGUGAGUGCAGGAGGCAGAGCCGCGGGAGGAGAAAUCAAAGCUCACAGAAAUGGAAGUUUUGCCUGUCGGUUUGGUCUGAGCUGCCGCCGUGAGAGGCUGGUGCAGGAAGCUGCGCCUGUUCCAAACGCAAGGGUCGGGCUGAAUAUCAGCCCCGGGGCUCCCUGCGCAAUCAACUGGUUCACAAUAGUUCUUUUGAAUACACGCCACAUCACCGGAGCCGCCGCUCAACCAGAAGCGUUGGCGGGUUGUUUCUCUGCCCCUCGGUCUGCCAUGCUCCUGUUGUAA